AUAAAGUUAUAUUAGUCUAUGGCGCGAGGACUGUAAAAGGUUGGAACAAGUGACUACAAAGGACUACAAUACACAACAAACCGCAGUGCUCCAGACUGAGUGGAGCCAGCAACUUGUGAGACGUCCCAGAGCCGCAGCACGACCACUGAUCUGGAGGACAUGGCACGGGGAGACGGAGAGAAGAAACGCUGGAAAACGAGAGGAAAUAUUUAAGCGAGUAGCAACUGCACUCUUAACGUGACACGAAAACGCUUUGCCAUGGCUCUCAUGGGGUUCUGUUGAGAGGUAUGUUACUAAGCCAAUUGUUUCAUUAAAAGUGAACUCCAGUGAGCUGCAUCAGCAGGAUACGCUGGGCAGAGGAGGGCUGGGCUAACAGCUAGCUUAGCAUUAGCCUCAGUUGUGAGGAGUUCAAAAAAGUUUCUGGAAUGGAGGAAGAGGAGGAAGGGUGAAGUAACUUCGGCUAACCGUUACGAGAAGGCUUGUGGACUGGUUGGAGAAGUCAAUCUGGACUGAAGAGGAGCAGAGAGUUGUUGUUAAUAAGCAGCGUCUUCCUCAUUUCUCAGCCAGUCGUCUUGCACCGGUGAGACCUGCUUUUCAGUUGGACAGAGGUCCUGAUCUGAGCCCCUGCAGGCUGCACCCCCCCCCCCCCCCCCCCCCCCCCUCCAUCAGUGGUGGUGACCCAACUUCGGACCGCUUGCUGCAGGGCCCUUCCUGAGCAGCAGCAGCUGCGUCCUGCUUGCUGACUCCCCUCCCUCCCCUGCUUCCUGUCCUUGGUCAGACAAGGCUACAGCCUCCUCUCCCCUACCCCACCCCUCAGCUCUGCUGGCCUGUCACACACACUGAAGUGGUUUCUCUUGUUAAACACACGUUUUAGGCUACAAACGCUAAUCGGAGAACAUCAACAGGGGACUCCUAGACUCCCCAUUGGUCCUCCCCCUUUUUUCUACCUACACUGCAUCAUCCAUUAUGACCUCCAUGUCCAGUCUCUUCUCCUUCACGAGCCCAGCUGUCAAACGCCUGCUCGGCUGGAAGCAGGGCGACGAGGAGGAGAAAUGGGCAGAGAAGGCGGUGGACGCGCUGGUGAAAAAGCUGAAAAAGAAGAAGGGCGCCAUGGAGGACCUGGAGAAGGCUCUGAGUUGUCCCGGGCAGACCAGCAAGUGCGUCACCAUUCCCAGAUCGCUGGACGGCCGCCUGCAGGUGUCCCACAGGAAAGGCCUGCCACACGUUAUCUACUGCCGAGUGUGGCGCUGGCCCGACCUGCAGUCGCACCACGAGCUUAAGCCCCUGGAGGUGUGCGAGUACCCGUUUGGCUCCAAGCAGAAGGAGGUCUGCAUCAACCCGUACCACUACAAGAGAGUGGAGAGUCCUGUGCUCCCUCCGGUCCUGGUACCGCGGCACAGCGAGUUCAACCCGCAGCACAGCCUGCUGGUACAGUUCCGUAACCUCACCCACAACGAGCCGCACAUGCCCCUGAACGCCACCUUUCCAGAGUCCUUCCAGCAGCCCCACAGCGGGGGCGGCAGCAGCAGCGGGGGCGGAGGUGUGGGGGGAGGCGGUGGAGGUGGUUCUUUUCCAAUCUCGCCCAACUCUCCGUAUCCCUCGUCCCCAGCCAGCAGCGGUACUUAUCCAAACUCUCCGGCCAGCUCGGGGCCCUCCAGUCCAUUCCAGCUCCCAGCUGACACCCCACCCCCCGCCUACAUGCCCCCCGACGAGCAGCUGGGCCAGGAGAGCCAGUCCAUGGAGACGAGCAGCCCCCUGGUGGCCCCUAACAUGCCCAGAGGAGACGUGCAGCCGGUGGAGUACGAGGAGCCGAGCCACUGGUGCUCUAUCGUCUAUUACGAACUCAACAAUCGAGUGGGUGAGGCUUAUCACGCCUCGUCGACCAGCGUGCUGGUGGACGGCUUCACUGACCCUUCAAACAACAAGAACCGCUUCUGCCUCGGACUGCUGUCCAACGUCAACCGCAACUCCACCAUCGAGAACACCCGCAGGCACAUCGGCAAAGGGGUUCACCUGUACUACGUGGGCGGGGAAGUGUACGCAGAGUGCCUCAGCGACACCAGCAUCUUUGUCCAGAGCCGUAACUGUAACUACCACCACGGCUUCCACCCCACCACCGUCUGCAAGAUCCCCAGUGGAUGCAGCCUCAAGAUCUUCAACAACCAGGAGUUCGCUCAGCUGCUGGCCCAGUCGGUCAACCACGGCUUCGAGGCCGUCUACGAGCUAACCAAGAUGUGUACCAUUAGAAUGAGCUUCGUCAAGGGCUGGGGGGCCGAGUAUCACCGACAGGACGUCACCAGCACCCCCUGCUGGAUCGAGGUGCACCUGCACGGGCCCCUCCAGUGGCUCGACAAGGUGCUCACACAGAUGGGCUCGCCUCUCAACCCCAUCUCCUCCGUGUCCUAAUGAUGGACUUGUGGGAGCUCGGGAGAAUCCUUUCUACGUUUCUUUUUUUUACUUUUCUUUUCUCCCCCCUUAGUGAUUUAUAAUUGAAGGUGGUCUUAAUGGCUGAACUGUUUACACUUAACUUUGGGAAGGGAUAUUGAACUUUGGCUGGAGAUUCGACAACAGCAAACAGCCGGAAUGAAUUGUUGAAACAGGUUUACGAGUGGAGAAAGAGGAAUAAAGAGCAGUAACGACAUGGACACACUGCUGCUUGACAAUGCUACAACACCUGCAAGAAUCCAGGGCUCCAUUGUCAAGCUUGAAUCUGUUCAAUGUUAAUUGUUUUUGCAAGUUUUUAUUGUUUUCUUAAACGUUUUUAUUCCUCUGUAUGUGUAGUUUUUAAUGUAGCAGAACUGUGUCACUACUCUGCCUUAUGUCCGACAGACAAAUUGGAAUUUUGCCGAAAACUUUUCUUACAUCGUCGUCUCCGAUAUUUACAAUUUGAAGAUAUAGACACGAUAAUGUUUACCAUUAGGCUCAGAUAUAACAAGUGCUUUCUUUUUAUAGUCUCUACUGCUAGAAAUGAACACUGAGCUACCGCCCUUUUUAACAAGUAUGCCGACCUGAUAGUUUUCGAUAUGGGAAAUCAAUCACUGAACAAGUUUUAACAUGCCAUAAGCUAACAACAUUGUGAAUGUUACAUCUAUCGCUAUAGAAGUUGUCAUUUAUGAUAUAUUCAGACAAUGGACGUCAAGUUAGAUUCUUGUUUGUACUCUCGAGUUCAAGUAAGAGUGACCGUAUUUUAUAUACUCACCGUAUUAACAAUAUUGUGCACUCGUGGAUUUUGUGGAGGCAUAUUUGUGGCGUGGGUACCAAGGCAUUAUGUUGAUAAUUGAAUUCAUUAUCUCAAUGAAAUAAACAGGUUAUUUGGUAACAAUGA